AUGUUCUCUGCAGAGAAAGGUACAGACGCCUCCUCGAAUGACAGUGACAGCGAUAACUACUUCACCGAUCCACCGGAGGAUCUAGAAGAUCUUACGUCGCGGUAUUCCGGCGAAACCGCCAUCCAAGAUGAAACACAACAACCAUCACCCCGAGUGCGAUUCCGGUCCACAGGCGGAUUGCUACAAAAUGCGCCACGCCGACACGCCGAGGCCGAACAAGACCGUUCCCAGCGCGAAGGACUACCGCAUCGUCCGACAGCGCCUUACGCCCACGGAUCAGAAGAUAUAGCAGACACCCCGCUAAGGGAGAGGGCGCCGCAAGCGGGUCAGAAUCAGAACCAGGAUACAGGUGCGAGAAAAGAAAAGGUCGAGGGACCAGCACCAGAGCCGAAGCCACCAGGUGCACCGCAAACCACACGCAAUCGAAUCCAAUCAACAGCAGACAAACUCAAGGGCCGAGCAAGGAUCUGGGCUGAGCGAAUGGGACGAUCCCCAAACGGUGGCGACGAUUUAUAUUCCGGCGUAUACCACAGUGACUGGGCGACGGGUGGUCAACCACCAGUGUCAGAUGUCACGGACAACAAGCACAAGUCGGAAGAGGAAAAGCGACAAGAUCAAGCAGAAAGCAGUUCCGAAGCGCAUCGACUGGUACGAGACCUAACGCAAGACCAUUCCGCCAAGCGGCGCAAGAUGCGCCCCAAACCGUAUCCGCAUGGUGGUAACGACUUUAUUGGAGGUGAGGAUGAGUAUAGUCAAGAUGAAGGACUACGAUAUCGCUCUGGUGGAGGUGGGAUUUUGUCGCAGCUGAUCAAGUUGAAUGGCGGUGGCCAGGAUGGGGGAGAUAGGUCGCGCACAAAUAGUCAAACGUCCGUCUCCUCUGUCGAUUCCAAGUCUCGAGGACAAGGAUCGACGGCAGGAACACCGUCUCAGCCUGCAGCUGGGACAACUACGCCCAAAAGAGAGCCAGUGAAAUGGUAUAAAAGGCCGCCUAACUCAUCACAGUCGAUUCUUAGCGGAAAGAAUGUGAGUUUAAGCGGAGCGACCACGCCAGUCUCGAAUGAAGUGAUUUCCGCGGCCGAGAAACGCCGGGGCAAACAGUCUGACCGGAAGGUGAGGUUGGAAGAUGAGAUUCGAGUCACGGUGCACAUUGCCGAGAUCAUUUGUCGACAGCGGUAUAUCAUGCAGUUGUGUCGGGCACUGAUGUCCUUUGGUGCUCCAACCCAUCGACUCGAAGAGUAUAUGCAAAUGACGGCGAAGGUAUUGGAAGUGGACAGCCAAUUUCUGUAUCUUCCCGGGUGCAUGAUAAUGUCUUUUGAUGAUCCAUCUACGAGAACGACGGAGAUGAAGCUUGUUCGCGUCGCGCAAGGGGUUGAUCUAGCACGACUAUCUGAUACGCACCUCAUCUACAAAAAUGUCAUUCACGACGUGAUAGGCAUUGAAGAGGCUGUUCAAGAUUUGGACGAUGUAAUGUCUAAGAAGCCUCGUUACCCAAAGUAUAUUAUUGUUUUCGUAUACGGGGUUGCGACCGCGACAGUCGGGCCAUUCGCAUUCAAUGCUCGGCCGAUCGAUAUGCCGAUCAUCUUCAUUAAUGGUCUACUUGUCGGGCUGAUGCAACAUGUGGCUGCACCUCGAUCGGCACUUUACUCGAAUGUUUUCGAAGUGACCUCGACAGUAGUGACCUCCUUUCUAGCAAGAGCAUUUGGAAGUAUCCCCAAGGCCAUCGUGGAUGGCAAACGACAAUACCUCUUCUGCUUCUCUGCAAUCUCCCAAGCCUCAAUCGCACUUAUCCUGCCAGGGUUUUUGGUCCUUUGUAGUAGUCUCGAACUACAAUCCCAUCAGAUCAUCGCGGGCUCUAUUCGAAUGGUGUACGCAAUCAUCUUCUCACUCUUCCUCGGCUACGGCAUCACGGUCGGAACAACCAUCUAUGGACUCAUGGACAAGGGCGCCGUAUCAGACAUCACCUGUCCGAAGGAUGGAGCGUUUUCAAACCCCUACGUCCAACGCUUCCCUUUCGUCGCCAUCAUGACGGUCUGGCUACUCAUCAUCAACCAGGGCAAAUGGAAACAACUUCCUCCAAUGACGAUCAUCGCGCUGAGCGGCUACACGACGAACUACUUCAGCACAAAGCGACUGGGGUCGAACUCGCAAGUAGCGAACACUGUCGGGGCAUUCACAAUCGGGAUCAUGGGGAAUUUGUACAGUCGUUUAUGGCACGGACAUGCGGCGACUGCAAUUCUUCCAGGUAUAUUUAUUCUGGUACCGUCUGGUCUGGCCGCGACGGGAACCUUGAUCUCCGGCGUCCAGUCUGCAGAUGAGAUUCGACAGAAUGUUUCGUCGCACGAGGCCGCUAGUACUGCGCCCGGGGCGGGUCUUGCAUCUGCUAGUUCGGUGUUUAGCUUGGGAUUUGGCAUGAUUCAGGUGGCUAUUGGGAUUACUAUUGGACUGUUUAUUGCAGCAUUGAUUGUUUAUCCGUAUGGGAAGAGGAGAAGUGGAUUGUUUAGCUUUUAG